UUCUCAGUGUUGUUCUGUCAUGAACAUGUCGAUUUUGUUGAAUUGUGUCUGUCCUGCUAAAAGUGAUAAAUGAUACGAGAUUUUUUCAGCAAAUACGCACGUUUUUGUAAAUAAAUUGAGUGAGGAGAGAUAUGUAAAGUGAACUAGUUACCGAGUUCACAUGACUCGAGUGAAAAUUUUUUAACUCGAAGUUUGACUGUGAAAUUGCGUGUUUUCGAGGCUUUCUGUCCCCAAUUGACCCCUGAGCCCCCCUGUGAUUGCGAAAGAAUAUGAAGCUCUUCAAGCUACACACUCAUCAAAAGUCCAAUUAUGCUGCGGAUUUGCUGUUGCAUCCCAAGGAGCACCCGGAUUUGAGUCUUGGGGACAUUGUUGAGAUAUAUCAUCCGGAAGAUGAGGGAUGUCGUCUGUUGCUACAAGUUACUACUUUCUACGAGGAGUUCAAAGGGCGAGAGACUAUCAGUGUGGAGACAAACAUUGCCUCCACAUUCAACUUGCGAACAUAUGCUGAUAUUGUAAUGCAACGGGUGGAUCCGGCCGCUGUGGCGUUGGAUUCAGUAGAGAUCACCUUUAAGGAUCAGUAUAUGGGGCGAUCGGAGAUGUGGAGGCUCAAGAGUCACCUGAUAAACACAUGUGUGUACAUCAACAAGAAGAUCGAGUACUGCGAGGGAUCCAUACGGUGUCAGGUGUACGAGAUGUGGGCACAAGGCGAUCGUGUGGCGUGUGGGAAUAUCACAGCAGAUACAAAGGUUGUGUUCAGGAGCAGUACAUCAAUGGUCUACCUCUUUAUACAGAUGUCUUCGGAGAUGUGGGACUUUGAUAUUCAUGGCGAUCUGUACUUUGAAAAGGCUGUCAAUGGAUUUCUCACGGAUCUCUUUAUGAAGUGGAAGAAACUAGGAUGUAAUCAUGAAGUUACAAUUGUCCUUUUCUCACGUACCUUUUAUGCCGCUAAGAGUCUCGAUGAGUUUCCUGGACAUAUGCGUGAGUGCCUUCAGAUGGACUACAAGGGAAGAUUCUAUGAGGACUUUUAUCGCGUUGCCAUUCAAAAUGAACGCAAUGAUGACUGGAGUACGAUUCUAGUGGAGCUCAGAAGAUUGUUCACUGGCUACCAAAAUACCGUACUAAAGUACCAUGAGAGACCGGAUAUCACAAUACCGCCCGCGACUAAUUCCACAGCAGCUCAGGGAAAUUUCCUGGAAGUUCUCAAUAUCUCUCUGAAUGUUUUUGAGAAACACUACUUGGACAGGAGUUUCGACAGGACGGGCCAGCUAUCGGUGGUUAUCACUCCGGGAGUGGGCGUUUUUGAGGUAGACAGAGAACUCACCAACAUCACAAAACAGAGGAUUAUUGAUAAUGGCGUUGGGAGUGAUUUAGUAUGCGUUGGUGAGCAGCCUCUUCAUGCUGUGCCUCUUCUAAAAUUUCACAAUAAGGAUUCUUCCCUCAAUGCCGAUGAUUAUUCCAUGCCACAUUGGAUUAAUCUCAGUUUCUACUCAACAAACAAGAAAGUGGCCUAUUCAACAUUCAUUCCACGGAUAAAAUUGCCCCCACUUCGACCGGAUGCAGAUAGGGAUGAGGAGAAAGAGAAUCAAGCACUGAAAUUCCUCCCGGACAAUCACACAGAAUACAUUCACAAUUCCCUUUUUGACUACGAUGCCUAUGAUGCACAGAUCUUUCAGAUGCCUCCGGCACAUGGGACGUGUUCUCUGCAACGACCACCGCGGACGAAGAAGACCUCUGUGCCGAGUCUGGAAGGGUAUCUGGCAUCAGCGAACAAUGAGUGGCUUUCUACGUCUCCGAGACAGAUUUUGAGACGAAAGAUGUCUGAUCCUGAUAUUCAUCAUGGGGCAAAUAGUGUUCUCAGCAAUUUGUCUCAGGUGGAUUCACCAACUGGAACAAAUCUUUCGGAAUCAUUUAAAUCCAGUGAGAAGGUUAACAGAAAAGGAUUCAUUGGCAAUGGAUCAGUUAUUAGGCCAGGGCGAGCUUUGAUAAAUCCCUUUGAUCCUUCACAUGUGACAAUAAAGCUCACUAGCAAUCGCAGACGAUGGACCCAUAUUUUUCCCAAGGGUCCUACGGGAGUUCUAAUUCAACAGCAUCACUAUCAGGCUAUUCCAGCACCAAAAUCCUGUCAAAAUACCUACAGUGAAGUGGAUGCAAGUGAUUAUGCUCAUACAGCUACCUGCUCCAUUGCUGAGAGUCUCGAUGAUUAUGCGGGAAUUGAGAGUGUGAGUGAAAGUGGAGGAGAUGCUGCUUCGACACCGAGAAGGAAAAUAUCCACUCUUCAUUCAGCAGCCGGACAUUCGGUUACAGUGACUCCGUCCAAGAGUCUCACUUUGCUGUGGGGCGCAACGGGUGAGCAAGAAUGGACUCCAGCACUGACCACAGCCGGAAAGAUCAUCAUAGGAGUCGAUUGGAAAUCUCUGACUAUUCCUGCGUGCCUUCCAAUUACCACGGAUUACUUUCCGGAUAAACGUUCUCUGCACAAUGACUAUGUGGUGUCCGAUUAUACGCUCUUGCCGGAGGAUGUGUAUGCGGACUAUGCCACAAAUAGAGCUGUCUACCAAAAGCCCCUGACCACAGAGCAAGUGUUCAAGGAGCUCAUUUCGCAGCGAUUGGCUCAGGGAUUCCAAUUGAUUGUGCUCCCGGACACACUCAAGCCAUCUUCAGCACCAUGCUGUGGUGGUGUACAAAUGCCAAAGUAUUUUGUCCUGGGGACACCUCCUCAAGAGGCCACAAAGGAAUAUCUUUUGUCUAUUGGCAGGAUGUUUCACAGGAUCUCUCUCACCGGUUCUGUGAUUACUGUUACAAGAUAUAGACCAAGACAUCCUUAUCCGCCAAUAACUGUUGACUACAGAUAUCGCUUUCAUGCUCCCCAACAUGACACUUAUGAGGUUUCUGGGGUGAAUUUUACGACUGAAAAAUUGGAAAAUUACAACUGGAACUUUAUGGAUCAAUACAUUUGCACAAGAGGCGAUACAGAUUUCAUGCUGCAUGAAAAUCUCAAAUAUUGGCGCUAUAGAAUGUAUCUCUUGCCUAAGGAUCAUCCGGCUAUGAAGAAGAUUCUCGAUGGAUUAGCCACGAGAUGUGAUAUAUUCACGGAGAUCCAAGCUGACUCACCAAAGCAGCAGAUUGAAGAGUUCCUCAAAUAUGUGGAAAUGCACCUGAAUAGGAUCAAGAGGAUGCACUGUAAUAAGCCACGGUUGCUCUUGCAGGGAAGCCCAACGUCGCAGCAGUCCCAUUUAACGAGACGCCGUCACAGUACCAGCAUUAUUUCUCGUCCGGCAAAUCAGGCUCUAGGCAAUUCACCAUUUCGAGAUCGUGUUGGAAGCAAUCGAUUGCCAGAGAGAGCCAGACCAAGACUAAGUGGAAAAUCUCUUGCCGCAGGAAGGGCCGUUCAGGAGGCAACAGCAUCGGGAUUACCAGCUGAUUCUCUGAGUAUUGAUGAUUCCGAUGAGAGUCUUGCCGUUCAGAUCAAAUUUAAAGUGACAGAUCCACUGAUGGAUAUUUAUGAGGCAAUGAAACAUCCUGAAACUGGAGUACCUUUCAUUGGUCCAGCACAGAGCAUGCCUUCCUGCACAUUUGUAUCUUACGAUGCGAUAACAUGGCUGCAGAAUCGUAUUGAAGGUCCCUGUGAUCCCAUUGAAUUGCUGGAGCGGAUGAGACAAGAGAAGUUGAUCUGUCAUGCAUCUGGGGAUUUUUCUAAGCGAAUAAUUGUGGGAUUUGUGUUGUAUUAUAUAACGAAGCAGGAGAAGGAUUUUAUGCCACCAUUGGGAAAUCUUAAGGCUUUUGAGAAUGAGUGGAUGGAGGUGCAAAUUGAGACGCCAGAGAUAAAGAUGCAAAAAAUUCAUCCGUAUGAACUGAAUGUACCGGAAUUCCUCAGGGAAUCUAUUAGGAGUGUAUUCAGUGAGACACCGUUGUACAAACAGAGUCACUUGGAGAUUGAUAUCAAUCAGAAGAGUGAUCGAAUUGAGUGGGGACAUGCGAGAUAUCAUCGUGUCUUUAUUCCUGGGCAUGCAUUUGAAAUUGUGGCUCAGUGGGUGAUUGCAUCAGGGCCGAUUGUGUACGAUCUGAUCUAUGGAUGGAGUCGUAAGGCUAUUCAGUGUGGCUUUCAGCUUAUGGCUAUUCCGGCUGAUCCAUUGGCUGAACCCUUUACUGAGAAGUCUGAUCCACUACGUGGUCCAAUUUUUAUUCCACUUGACACUGAGUGCCUAAAGCAGAAGAGAGAUUUUCUUUUUGAGGAUUUCAAGAAAGAUACCUGGGCUACUAGGUUGUUACUCUUUCAAGAAGCUAUCCUGGCUAGAUUUGGUUUUAUGCCGUGCGCCGUGGAGACCAAAGCGGGUUCCAAUCAAGCUUCGCUGGAUUUUCAGUAUGUUCAUUGUUCGGGGAAUAUGUUUGUACUUGUGCCAUCUCCUCAUCAGGAUUUGCGAUCACGUCAGAGAUUAGCAUCUGGAGGAUCUCAGAAAAAGCCAACUUUCCUCAAGCACUAUCCAGCCCCAGUUGACACCCAAAGUCCCCAUGAAGCUUAUAUCACGCGUCAUGUGUCCGGGAAGAAUAAGGAUGACAUGGACACAAUUCGUAAGACUGGAUUUCUCUGGUCCUGGAAUCACAUGGUGCCCAAUAAGAAGUGGAAAUCACUGGUGAUAAAUAAUUCUCCAGAGGGCGAGAUUAUGCAACUGAGAAUUCUGCGAGACUUUAAGAGUUUCUGUUCGAAUCAAGAUCAAAGACUAAUUGCAUUCUGGGAUCAUUGUUGGGAGCUCAAGGAGAAGGCAUCGAUACAAACAACCGGCGAAUAGGUGAGUGCUUUCCUCUCAGAAACAUAAGUCAAUUCUUCUUGUUUUUUUUUUUUUGUUAUUAAUUAAACGUGAGAUUUUUGUAAGCCAAAAA